AUGUUGCACCACCUCAUGAUCGGCACCUGGACGCCGCCAGGCCGGAUAUACACCGUCGCCUUCGACGACGAAGCACUGACCUUGGAAUUGAUUAAAAAGACUGAGAUCCCCGAAAACGAACCCAUUUCAUGGAUGACAUUCGAUCAUACCAAGCAAAACAUUUACGGUGCCGCUAUGAAGAAAUGGUCCAGCUUUUCCGUGCGCAGUCCCACCGACAUUGUUCAUGAAGUGUCGCAUCCCAUGGGAGGACAUCCCCUUGCUUCCUCUUCUGAAACAAACACAAGAGCCAUAUUUGUCCUGGCUGCGCAUAAACCACCAUACAAUGUCUACGGAAACCCAUUCUACAAGUACGCUGGCUUCGGCAAUGUAUUCUCCGUGACCGACACAGGCAAGAUCAAUCAAAACAUUCAGAAUUUUGAAAUAGACCCCAACUCAGGGAUCCACGGCAUGGUGUUUGAUCCCACAGAGACAUACCUGUACUCAGCAGACAUGGGCGCCAACAAAAUCUGGACACACAAGAAAGACCCCGAGACGGGAAAAUUAGAGUUGGUUGACAGCGUUGACGCCCCAGCACCUGGUGACCAUCCACGAUGGGUUGCCAUUCAUCCAAGCGGUCACUAUCUAUACGCACUCAUGGAAGCAGGCAACCGGCUGGCAGUAUAUGUAAUUGACGAGAAACGCCAUGUUCCAGUCUUCACACGUUUGAUCUACCCGUUGAUUCCACCCGGACUGCCACCGCGCAACAAAUAUCGCGCUGACGUUGUCUUUCCCUCGCACAGUGGAAAGUAUCUGUUUGCAACAUCGAGGUCCAACCAUAACGACGUGCAUGGGUAUAUCAGCGCAUUCAAGCUUGGUCCGGAAGGCAACAUCGAGAAACAGUUAUUCAUCAACCCGACAUCGACAAGCGGUGGGCAUUCGAAUGCAGUUAGUCCGUGCGACUGGAGCGACGAGUGGAUUGCAUUGUGCGAUGACCAGGACGGAUUUGUUGAGGUUUAUCGAUUCAAGGACGAGCUCCUGGCGCGAGUUGCAAGAGUUGAUAUUCCAGAGAAGGGAUUUGGAAUGAAUGCUAUCUGGUACGAUUAG